AUGCGCCGGUCGGGCGCUCCUAGUCCUUCAGGCAAAGUCCCAUUGAAUGGGCACUUUAGGAACGGUAUUUGGUAUUGUAACUGUAUUCCUCGCCUUCCCGCAAUUCAGUACCUGGCCAAGCGAGAGACCCCCAAUAAGGGACGAUCGUUCUACGCCUGCAAAAAGGACAGAAACAAAGAGAAUAAAUGCAAUUUCUUCUUGUGGACUGAGGAAGCUCACACGCGCGAAGUUAAUAACGUCCUAACUAAUUCACGCAGCGAGGUUGAGGGAACUCCUAGCCAGCGGCCUAAGAAGAGGCAGCGAACGCUCCAUGAGAGCAUAACUCCGGCGAAAGAGAAGCGACAGGGGAAGACUCCUGUUACUAGUCUAGCAGAUCUAGAUUGUAUGCUUAACCCCGAUUCUCCUUCUGCGACAGCUCAAAGCUCGACUAUGAAGACUAGAUCUAGCUCCAAGGAGGCGGCCAAAAGUGUACAGAAGAGCGCUUCAUCAGACGAAAAUGAUGAUUUAGCUCACACUUCAGACGACGCUCAGGCGCAAUCUGAUUCGGCGCCAGACACGCCAUCGGCAGCGCCGAAGAGAAAACGGUCAGAUGUCGAAGAGUACAGCGACCUCACUUCCGGCGAAGAGCAGGAACUCGUUGCUCUAGCCAACAACUCAGCCCAACCCCAAACCAAGCAGCGCAACGCCUUCGCCACCCCCUCCGGCCCUCGCACUCUCAUCGAAGACGGCAUGGCAACCCCGCUAACCGAAAAGCCCACCCGCCGCGUGCUCUUCGCAGACCCGUCUUCCCCCAUCACUCCCAAGCGGGACCUAGCCGCGUCCUCAACCAGCCCCCCGUCCUCCCAGCAACAACAAGACCCCGCUACGCCCGGCAAGGAACGGGAGCUCACGCAGGAAAUCAUGGCGCUUCUGUACGACCAGAACAUCGACGGCACCGUGCGCCGCAAGAUACGGAGCACCUUGGAUCGGCACGCGGCGCGCGCCAAGGGCCUCGAGAGAGGGCGCGAUGCGUCGCGCGAGGCGGCUAAGAAGGCCGAGGCUAGGGUCGCGGAGCUGCAGCAGCGGGUUGCGGAUCUGGAGAAUCAGAGGAGGUUGGAUGGCGAGGCGAGGCAGAAGAUGAGGACGGAUUUGAUGAAGUUGUAUCGGGAGAGUUAG